CUGGCUAGCUGUUGUACAUACUGCGGUCUGUAUGAAUGGGGAUUUAUAUCUUGCGAUAUUAUUUCUACCCAUGUAAAGUAAAAAUCUGUAUUAUCAUUUACUGCUUCUCAUGAUGGGGAGGACACUACUUUCAGCUCUUUGGAUAUCAAUAUUAAUUUUGUGUAAAUGUCAGGCCAUCAUGAUAACGUAUAUUGUGGAAUCUAAACUCUUCUGUGAUGUGAAUUCGACGAAAACUGAUACUGUAUCAAAAUAUGUGUCAUUUUUACUAAAUGAUACGACAGCGAGCACAAACAAGGUGCAAUUGAAAAGUGAUAUAAAAACUGUAUGUACUUUUAAUAAUGUGGACAAGGAUAUUUCAAAUUUUUCAGAUUUUAUAGUUUUUAUAUCAGAAAACGGACCUACAAACUUUUCCAUGUGGCCAUUGAAACCAGAUGUUCCUUUUAUCACAACUACAACUACAGAAAGCAUGACUAUUAGAAACAGAACGGUUAUUUCUACACAUUACGACACGGAAACACUUGGUAACGUUAUAUACAAGGUGCUAGAAGCUCUCAGAUGGCCAUACAUCCAAGUGAUACUGCAGUCGACUUCAUACUACCGAAAUAUUUUGAGAACGUUCCAGCGAUCUCGCGACUCUCCAUACAUAUGUGCAGUCAGGAUAUUGGAAAUGAAUCUAACAUCUGGGAGCGAUAUUAAGACCCUGUUGACAUCACUCCAAUACGAAGAACACACAAAAGGAAUAUUGAUAUUAACAGACGAUCUUCUUUUACAACAUAUCGUACAGGUUUGGACAGCAAGUACGGGGCUGAAACAGCUCUACUUUGUUGCUUUGUUCGAAGAUUCAUCGAUGUUGAAAACAUCCCUAGAAUCAAUUCCAGGAUGGUUGUUUAUUCCCCGAUCAAAAGUACAAGAACAAAGAUCUUCGAUUGAAAGUACUGAGGUCAGUUUAAUUCCAAACAUAAUUCUGAAGCAUCUUCAAGCGGCAACACAUUUCAUUAUUGACACGUUAAGUAUUGUGAACAACAGUGCAUGCAAUGACUACAUGGAAGAGGAUUCAGAUGAAUGUUUAAAAUCCAGAUUAUUAUCAAAAAUGAUCUUGAAGGAACAAAGAAACAGUAUUUAUAAUAUUCAAAUAUAUCACCCUGGAAACGCCACCAACAUAUCUUUAACAGCAAGAUUUGUUCAGGUUGGAGUGAUGAAUAAUGACGAAUAUACAACAAUUAAGCCGAUAAUAUUGUACGACAAGCAAAAGGGAGUCUUGGAAACGACGGCGGUUUCGUGGAGUGAAGCGUUCCAUUAUCUCUGCCGUUCACAUAUAAAGUUCCCACAACUGGCAUCGCCUGCUGAAACGGAUCUUAGGAUAGUUGGAUCUCUGCCUCUUCAUUACCCGUCAUACACACCCGAAGGUUGCGGAGAGUUGCGCGAAAAUUACAUUUUAAUGUCCGAGGCUCUAGUUUUUGCUGUUGAAUAUGUUAACAACUUGACAAAUAUUUUACCAAAUGUUAAGUUGGGAUACGAUGUAAUUGACACCUGUUCUGUACCUGGCAGAUUUAUUCAUCAGAUGGAUAUUCUCUAUUCAAAAGGACUAAUGAAUGUAAAUGGUAAGAGUAAUAGUUAUGUAGGUGGCGUGGGAUUUCCAUUUAGUUCCGAGAUUGAAAGUUUGGCACAUUACAGUUAUGCAAAGCAAAUCCCCACCAUGAGUAUCAGUGCAACUUCUUCUGCAUUUUCGAAUAAGGAAUUGUAUCCUUAUUUUAUGCGAAUGGUUCCCUCGAACAAAGAAGAAGCCAUGUCCAUAAUUGGAGUUUUAGAAUAUCUCUCCAUUCAUAGGAUCGGAAUUGUCUACACCAACGAUGCGUUUGGAUCAGACCUAGCAAAGAGUGUAUUGACUUUUGCAGAGGAAAAGGGAAUCAAGGCAAUGUACAUUCUGAGAAUGGAGGAUUCAUACGCUGAAAAUGCUAAAAUUGUAAACUACCUUGUCGAUAAGUUCAUUAUUGGAAAUAACAAUGAUGUUGAAGCUGUGGUUUCACUCACGCAGAGCCCACACACGAAAGCUUUAUUAAGGCGACUUACUGACUUAAAUUUCACCGAGAUUUUCUGGAUUGGAUGCGACACCUGGAUUGCCGGAAUAGAGGCCAGUUUUUUGAAGAGGAACAUUGAAGUCGCCAACAAUGCAAUUCUCAUUGCUUUUGAAACAAAAAUUCCAGAGAAGUUUCUCAAAUACAUCCGAGAGAAAACCAGUUUACUUGAAGAAAAUAUCUACGUUAGACAACUAAUUGAAAAGGAAAAUAAUUGCAUUUUUGGAACAGGUGAAUUUGAGAAAAGUCAAUGUAAAGACAUUGUUGAUUUCCAUAAUUUAUUUCAGAACGUAGCUCCUCACGGGGAAACUCACAUUAUUGACGCUGUUAUUUCCCUUGCCUAUGGAAUAGAUACAUUGAUAAGGAAACAUUGUCCUUUGCUUGAUUAUUGUAACGAAGCUAAUCAGAACCUGGAGAAAUUGGCAGAAAUUAUUCAAAAGAUACAUAUUAAGGACAUCGAAGGCAAACAAAUUUAUUUUGAUAGCAAAGGCGAUGGAAAGGAAAUCUUUCAUAUCGUGCAGACUGAUCCAACAGAUACACACAGACAUGUUGGAAUGUGGCUGCAAGGCACAACAAUAAUCAACAAUGACACUUUGCAAAUACCACAAUCACUAUUUCAAAACAAACCCCAAUCCUGCAGCGGAACAAAUUGUUAUUCUAUACCAACAGACAUAACCGAAAUGAAAUACACCUUCCUUGAAGGCGAUGUUAUGAUAUAUGCUUUUCUGGAACUUUUUGAAAAAAGUGGAGAAACAUGUUCAGAGUCUCUUAUACUGGAUCAUUUUGAGGUUGCAACUUCAGCCUUGUGGAGCAUUCAAAACAUAAAUAGGAAACAGCCUGGAAACUACCCUAAAAUAGGAUUAGGAAUAUUUGCAAUGUGUGGUCAUGAUUCUACAGUAGCGGAGAGUGUUGUUAAGCCAUCAUUUGUUGUGCCAAAGCUUCCGUCUUCUCCGUUCAUAAAACCUAUCUUAGGACUAGUCGGAGCUAUAACGAAUCCUGUGGCCUCAGCAAUGUAUGAUGCCAGAAAUUCAGUUUCAAUUGAUUUUCCAAUGAUAAUUUCUGCGACAACAGAGAGAUUUAAUGACAGGGAAAGGAACCCGCGUGUCUUUAGAACCGUUAUGUCGUCAACGUUUGACGUGUACUUUGUCACGGAAUUGGCAAAGAAACUCGGUUGGACAUAUUUUCACGCUAUAUUUGGUGAUCGUGACCAGUCUUUAGUGGAUCUUCUGGAACAAGAAACAUCAGCUUUAAACAUGUGUAUGGCUACAAAGCAUACAAUACAAAUGUCUGAUCUCGAAAAUGAGCUCUCCAUUGCUGUAGACGAAAUGCUGCAAUAUGACGGUGCAACUGUUGUGACGGUCUUCAUUCCUACCCCCGCCAUAGAGGUGCUGUUGAAAGUGGCACACGAGAAAAAUACAUUCGGAAAAUUGGUUUUUAUCAUUCCUAAACAUGUUGAGAAUAUAGACAACAUUGUUUCUAAAUACAGCAAACCGUCUUUAGGAUUGAUCGUUCUUCAAAAUAACAUGACAGAAAACAAGCAAUUCAAAUCGUAUUACCAAAGCUUAAAUAUUGAAGAGGGAGACUGGUUCCAACAACUGCCGUGGGGUGAAAGGUUUUGGGAAGAUGUUCAUAAAUGCAACCUGCGAUUUUCUAAUCGAUACAGCAAAGACUGUGCAACGAAUUUAGUGUUGUCUACACUAAAGAGGAAACAAUCUCCUUUUGUUGUAUCUACAAUGAAUGGAAUAUAUGCACUAUCCACAGCUUUCCAUAAGUAUCUGACAAAGCACUGUGCAACAUCAGACUUUGUCAGUUGUGUGAGUAGCAAUUCGUCAAAAAUGUACGAACACCUUGAAUACGAGUUAGAUGAAGUUUCCGUUGUUCCAGAUGGAGGAAAUGUGUUCAGUUUUGACAACAGAAAUGCGACAGUACCUAUGACAAUCCUUAAUUUCCAGUACGGACCAAACGAAAAUCCAAGACUUGUAACGGUUGGAAGCAUCAAGAAAGUGGAGAUAACUAUAGACCUACGAAAACUAAGUAUGUACAACUUAAAAGGAGAGCGUCGGAUCUUCAAAUCAGAAUGCCCGAAUGACCAGUGUGUAUCUUGUGUAGACCCAGCUUUUGUAUCCGCAUACCAAGAAAGGGUUAAUCUUCUCUCAUCCCUUCCUCCAGAAACCGUAAACAGUUUCGAAAGCGGAGUGGGACUAACUACUAUCUUUCUCUUGACCAUUGGUCUGGGGCUUGCAGCUGUCUGUACGUAUUAUUUGGCCAAAUAUUCUUCACACAAAAUAUUCAGUCUGUCUGCUGAUGGACACGCCUGUAUCAUCAUUGGGACAACGGUACAAAUUCUUGGAGCUGCAGUAUAUUUGUUUGAUGGUUCACCCAUGGCUUGUGGAAUUCAUCUUGCCCUGCCUGGAAGUGUUUACAGUAUCACCCUUACAGGCCUACUGAUAAAACUUAAUAAGACUGCUUGCCUUCACGCGAUUGUCGGGACGAAUAUCACCAAGCUACCAAAAUGGGAUUUUGCCUUUACGUAUCUUCCCAUAAUCAUAUCAGCUCCCAUUAUUGUUUUCGUUGUGUGGAAUCAAGGCGAUCCCGUGGGAAUGACGUGGUCUGUGCCAACUCUGUUUCAAAUUUCCAAGAUUGACGAUAUAUCUAUUACAUGGCAGUGUUCUUAUAAUAGGACAGAAUAUAUUCUGUUUAUGACUUUCUUCUGGAUCAUAUUGUUCCUGUGUAUGAUGUUAUCCAUAAUCUACAAGUGCAAAGAGACGGGGCGAAAAGAAGUAAAACAAGUUUUGAUCUCAGCAAUUUGCUAUUCUUUCUUUAGUAUCGUCACGACCAUAGUGCGUCUGAUGAGUGAUGAUCACGUGGUGUUUAGAGCGUUCAUGUCCAUAACACUUCCAUUGAAUGGACUGAUAAUUUUGCUCGUGAAUUUCCUCCCUCAAAUUAUUGAUUUAAUGAGAGAAAAGAACAGGGAAUUGCUCUUCUCCAGAUUAAUGUCUGAUAAUAAAACUUCCCAUAUUGCGAACAUGUGGAAAGAUAUUAUUCAGAAUGGUAAUGAACGCACAGCAAAAACGAAAGAAAAACACAAAAGAAAAAACGAUGAAAAAGUUUCCAUGUCUAUGGUUGGGCUUUCAGCGAAAUGGCGAAGAAAGACACAAAAAGCAACUACUUCUGAAGCAUAAAACAUUGCAAACUAUAUUAAGAAAUUAUCAUAAAGCACUUAUCAACUUCAAUUUCAAAGAAAAUUUGAUGUUAAUGAACACAUAUUUUACUACCAAUGUUGCUUCAAGCGAGUACUUACAUGUGUUAUAUGUAGGUUAAUUAGAUAGUUAUGUACAUCCAAGAUUGGUCAAUGUAAUUGUCAUGCCAUUUCCCAAUCACAAUUAUUGUCUACAAGUUUUCAUGCAAGAGAAUCUGAAAUAUACCGAUAUCAUUUCUUUCAUCAUACUAUUAUCCUUCGCAGUGUUUCAUUAUGUAUUUUCUAUUGUGCAAUAAACUAAAUCAUUGCUA